AUGGGGCUCAAGUCUUCAGCCCGCCGCCCCGGGUCCGAGGAGUCCUCCGCGCCCAGGCCAAAGUACAACAAGGUGCUCCGAAACGGCGUCAUCGUCGAGAUGGAGGUCAUAACCGUCGGCGGCGAGAUGUCCGUCGACCCUAAGCUGAAGCCCCUCCGGAAGCGGAUGUCGUCGGAGCUCGUCGCGCUCCGCGACCUCCUGAAGAAGGCGGAGCUCUUGUCUUGCAGCAAGAACGGGCGGUUCUUGGUCACCGAACCACGACCCGAGGCGCCGGUGGAGGCUGCCGACAAGACGCCGUCAGCGAAGAGGAGGAAGGUGUCUCCUCUCGUGGAGCAGAUAGAGACACUGCGGAUGUCGUCGGACGAGCGGGAGCAGGUUGCCGGUAGCCUGACGGCGCUCUCGUCGUUGCUGCCGGACCUUAUCGUCGAUAUCUUGAAGAAGCAGUGCGGUGGCGAUGACGAUCCCGAUGGAGAGUUCCAGAUUGACCUCAACUCCAUGGAAGGUUCUGUCCUGUUCGAGCUGAAGAAGCAACUGGACGAGUUCGCCGAGAAGAGCAAGAGCGAGGUCGUCCAGGAGGAAGAGGAAGAGGAAGAGUACGUCGACAUCUGCGGUGGCGUCUCUCCCAUCAAGAUCGCUUCCCCUCUCGUUCCCCUGAAGGAAGCCGGCGAAACAGGCAGCAGCCCAAGUUCGAGCAGCGACUCCGGGAGCUCAUCUGCGAGUGAUUCAGACUGCGACGCGAGCACCUCUGACAGCGACUCCGACGAGAGCAGCUCGGACAGCGAGAGCGACUCCGACGAGAGUGCCAGCGGUCCAGCUCCACCGGCGGUUCAUCUCGUGGAGAACGACAUCUCUGCUCAGCCACCGAAGCCGGCGACGUCGGAGCAGAGCGAGGCUCUAGAGAGGCGGCGGCAAGAUCAGAGGGCGCGCGCCAGGGAGCGCGCCAGGGAGAAGGUCCGCCAGGAGGUGCUCGAGGUGGAGAGGGCGGCGUUGCCCGACGUGAGCAUCCGCCCCUGGGACUUGGAGCAGCUCGGCAUCGCGGAGUUCGAGCACAUCGGAGGCGGCCUUCGCGCCGCGCGUGGCCGUCCCAGCGUUCUGCAGCAGCUGGGGUUCUUCCUCAAGGCCGACUCAUAG